GCGAGGAAGAGGAAGAUGCCGCGGGCCCCCCAGGCAGGCCCCGAGGUGAGGCCGGAGAGCGCGGAGGACAAAUCCCGGCGGCAGAGCCUGGUGGGAGAGGCCGUUUUGAAGGGCUCCCCGGCGCAGGAAGGCAGCGGGGAGGAAAAGGGCCGGAGAUGCCCCCGCAGGAGGGGCUGCAAAGCCAGCCCAGGGGGCUGUGAGGAGGAAAGAGCCAGCGUGUGCCAGGAAGGCGGCCGGAGCUUGAGGCGGAGCUGCGAGCUGGUGGUCCCUGAGCAGCCUCCCAGCAGGGAAAAGCCCUUCAGGUGUUUGGAAUGUGGGAAGAGCUUCAGGCAGAGCGCCCACCUGCUCCGACACCAGAUGAUCCACAGUGGGGAAAAGCCCUACACGUGUGGGAAAUGUGGGAACAGCUUCAGCCAGAAGUCCUGCCUGAUCCGCCACCAGAUCCUCCACACUGGAGAACAACCUUACACGUGUGGGGAAUGUGGGAAGAGCUUCAACCGGAGAUUCAACCUCCGCACCCACCUGGGCCUGCACUCCAGGGAACGACCCUACAAGUGCCUGGAAUGUGGGAAGAGCUUCAGCCAGAGCUCUGACCUGAUCCACCACCAGAAGAUCCAUAGUGGGAAACGGCCCUACAAGUGCCCCGAGUGCGGGAAGAGGUUUAGAACCAGCUCCCAUCUCCUCAUGCAUGAACAGACACACACGGGGGAGAGGCCCUUCCGCUGCAGCGACUGCGGGAAGGGCUUCAAACGCAACUCCCACCUCGUCAUCCACCGUCGCAUCCACACCGGGGAGAGGCCCUACAAGUGUGACGAGUGUGAGAGGAGUUUUACCUACAGCUCUGCCUUGACCUACCACCAACGGACCCACCAGUAAUGGAAGCCCCGAGUGCCCCGACUGCGGGAAGAGGUUCCAUCAGCCGUUGGAUGAUCCACAGGGACCCUCAUUGGGCACAGACCUGGUGACCCACAUUCCAGGUGAUCCAUGGUGGGCAGUGUACUGCGGCCUCAGGGAUAAUGUAUUUAAGGAGGAAAAAGUCCUUGUGCAGAUGGAAUUGGGUGCAGAGAGGAGCAGAGUGGGAAUAGGGGAGAGGAACAGCUCUGCAGACCCCCAGGGCAGUGCAGGAGGAGGGGCAGGAGGUACUCCAGGCCUGGAG